AAAGAAUUAAAAAAGGCUUAAUAUAAAAUAUCUUUGCUCGUUCAUCCAGAUCGUGUACCAGAAGAAGAAAAAUAGACAAAGACAAGAGAGAAUUGUAUGAUGAACAAGGAAUUAUCGAUACGAUUCAAAUACUGCUACAUACAGUAUACGCAGUUAUAAAUAGAAGACGCAACUCUGGCAAUCAGCUGGUUUUGCAUGUUUCUUGUAAGAAAAUAAUUUCAUAUCUUUAAAAAUGCUCGCCCGUAAAUUAAUAAUAAAUCAAAGUAUUCAGUCCUUGUGUCGAAAUAUGCUUAAGUUAAAUAUUCAGCAACAAACUAAUAGAACCGCAGCUUUUCUAUUAAGCAAUAGCAGCUCUCGACGACCGAAACGCUUGUGCUCUACUAUUGUGCCGGCUUUAGGAAAUCGUUAUUUUUCGACUCCAAGUGCCACAAAAAGUUUGAUGGAAUUUUUCGAUGAUUCGAAGAAUUGGAUUGAGAACGAGGUAAAGGUGGGACGAGCUUGGAAAUUAGAUGAAUUGCGCAUUAAAUCCAAUAAAGAAUUACAUCAAUUAUGGUAUAUCUUACUAAAAGAACGUAAUAUGUUAUUAACAAUGGAGCAUGAAUGUAACGACCAAAUGGAAUUAUUUCCCAGUCCUGAACGUUUAGACAAAGUAAAAAUUUCCAUGAAUAAUUUAGAAACGGUUGUGAGAGAACGUAAUAAAGCCUAUCACUUGCUAGAGACAGGCGAAACGGGCGAGAGGCCUCAACGUUUAAUAUCCAAUUGCUUGGGUUUGAGACGUAUAUACAGAUCUAGUGAGCAUGUUUUGCCUCCUUACAUGAAUGUUAAAUGGAUUAAAUCCCGUUCUAUUGGCUAUGGGGGUAGAGCUGUACGCAAAUUUCUUUUACUUUAUCGUGAAAAAUUAUAUAAUGAAAAACGCAAAGCCAAAAACCGAGCUCGCAAUGAAGUAAUGAUGUUACUGAGGCGCAACCCGAAUAUAGAUCGUAACAUAUUACAUAGCAAAUAUCCUAAUGUAAAUAUAGACAAAAUGGUCUCCGAUGAUAAAACUAGAGGGCACUAUUUGCCAAAAAUUGAAGGCUAAUUUGAAUUGAAAUAAAAGCAAACGUUUAUUUA